AUGGACAGCGAGGCGCAUCCGCUCACGGACAGGCAAAGUCUCCCUCUCGCGAAGCGUUCAGCUUCAACGGAACCAGAAACUGAAUCCGAUGCCAAAAGACUCAAGAGCUCCAAUCAAGAAUCGGACAGAUCAGACAUAAGGCUCUGGGAUAUAUCUAGCAGAAUACCCUUCCCUGACAAACCCGCUGUGGUUGAAAAGCGAAAUGGAGAAAUAGAGUAUCGAGUUGUCAAUAACGAUGGCACACGAGAGAGCAUGGUUAUUCUCACAGGACUCAAGUGCUUGUUCCAGAAGCAACUGCCGAAAAUGUCAAAGGACUACAUCGCACGCCUCGUCUAUGACCGUACCCAUCUAUCUAUCGCCAUUGUGAAGAAGCCCCUGGAAGUCAUUGGCGGUAUAUCAUUUCGAGAAUUUCGAGUACGGAAAUUUGCCGAGAUCGUCUUUUGCGCCGUUUCAUCAGAUCAACAAGUUAAAGGUUAUGGCGCCCAUCUCAUGGCCCAUUUAAAGGACUACGUUAAGGCAACGUCCCCGGUAAUGCACUUCCUAACAUAUGCAGAUAACUAUGCCACUGGGUAUUUUCAGAAGCAGGGCUUUACGAAGGAUAUUUCACUUGAGAGAUCCAACUGGAUGGGGUAUAUAAAAGACUACGAAGGAGGAACGCUGAUGCAAUGCUCUAUGGUACCCCGGAUACGCUAUUUGGAGAUUGGACGAAUGCUUCUCAAGCAAAAAGAAACCGUGCUCGCAAAAAUCCGACCUAUGAGUAAAAGCCACAUCAUUCACCAACCUCCCCAGCAAUGGGCCGGUGGCAUCAUCACUCCAAUCGACCCGCUCACUAUUCCUCAUAUCCGGGCAACCGGUUGGUCCCCAGACAUGGACGAACUGUCAAGACAACCACGCCACGGGCCUCAUUUCAACGAGAUGCGACGGCUUCUGUACCAAGUUCAAAACCACAAACAAGCAUGGCCUUUUCUCCAGCCAGUCAACAAGGACGAUGUGCCCGACUACUACAACGUCAUAACAUUCCCGAUGGACUUAUCGACGAUGCUCGAAAGACUGGAGCAUGAUUACUAUGCGGCGCCAAGGGAUCUUGUUCGUGAUCUCAAGUUGAUUUUCAGCAAUUGUCGGAAAUAUAAUGACGCAACGACUGUCUAUUCCAAGUGUGCGACAAAGCUGGAAAAGUACAUGUGGGGACUCGUCAAAGAGAUCCCUGAGUGGUACAGUUUGUUAGAGGAGGAUGAAGAGUGA